GGAAAUCAGUGUGAUGGAUGAGAGGAACACCCCCAUGCGCUCCUACCAGGUGUGUAAUGUGAUGGAGGCUAAUCAGAACAACUGGCUACGCACUCGCCACAUCCCACGAGAUGGAGCGCAGCGCGUCUACAUCGAGAUUAAGUUCACCCUGCGUGACUGCAACAGUCUGCCUGGAGUCCCUGGCACCUGCAAAGAAACUUUCAAUAUGUACUACUAUGAGUCCAACAACCCCAACCUGUGGUUUAUCAAGGAGAGCCAGUACAUAAAGAUCGACACUAUUGCGGCCGACGAGAGCUUCACGCAGACUGAUGUGGGUGAUCGCGUUAUGAAACUAAACACUGAAGUGAGGGACAUCAGUAACUUGAACAAGAAGGGUUUCUACUUGGCUUUCCAAGAUGUUGGAGCCUGCAUCGCCUUGGUGUCCCUGAGGGUCUUCUAUAAGAAGUGUCCUCUUGCCGUUCUGAACUUGGCCCAGUUUCCCGACACGGUGACUGGAGGAGAUUCAGCAUUGGUGGAGGUUAGGGGAUCUUGUGUGAAUGACUCGGAGGAGUUUGAGGCGCCGAGGAUGUACUGCAGUGGAGAUGGUGGAUGGCUGGUGCCCAUUGGACGCUGCGUCUGCAAGCCAGGCUUUGAGGAGAACAAGGACUACUGUCAGC